CCCACCUCGCUAUACCACGUCAACAGCCCAAGAACAGAAAUAAAUGAUAGGAGAAAAAAGUCAUUUUGUCACGUGUUGUCGAUAAUCGAUAGCAAAUCAAUAAUUGAUAACUCAAGUGAGUCCAGGUAACAAUUGCUUGGAUUUCCAACAGGCGUGGAAAGUGGGACAGGAUCGAUUUUACCUAUUUUUAUCCCUAAUCAGCGACAGCGAGUGACAGGCGAGCGAUUACAUCUGUGCCAGGCAGUUAUAACGAGGACAUUUAGUCUAGCGGGCACGGGAUAUCCCGAGCAGACAAGGGGAUACCUUCAUCAGGGCACAGGCGACUGGACACGGGAUUUACCUGUCUGACUUACCUGAGCGUUACCGUUACAACAGGGAUACGUACCUCAGCAAUGCACGUGUUUCGAGAGUCCACUUGAUGCCCCUCCCCUGGAGUUGAGUGCCCCCUUCUAAGAUGGGAGGGGCAUUUUCGUGCACUGGAGAAGGAGGGCAGGUGGGGGAGACCAGCAACAAACCGUACUUCCAAGUGGUGGGACCAGAGAAGACGCCAGAUUCCGAGUCAGAACCACAGCGCCCUCACACGCCACCUUGGAAGUUCUGGCGGAAGUUGUCUACCCGCCAUGUUGACCGGAAACCACGUGACCGGAAGGAUAUUAUUAAAGUGGAAUGGAGUACGUCCGCGAAUGGCGAUGGCGACGCUUUUGAUGACUGUUUGACUCCAUUGAACAGUACUCUACCAGAUGUUGUAGAGAAAACAGGCUUGUGUCGAAGCAACAGCCUGAAGCCGCCCCCUAAACCCCCUAGACUGUUUCUGUUCCGUUCAGCAAGCAUAAACAACCCACGUAGCUCACUAGACGGCGGUUCGGCAAGGAACUCAGUGGUCAUGGCUCAGCCUAAGAGCACGUCAUCAGAAUUUGAUGGCAAGAGUAAGAAGAACAUAUGUGUAAAACAGGAGAACGGUAAGAUUAAACCUGUGAUUGUGCCUGCUGAUGACACGGAGAACAAUAACAUUAGGGAUGAUAGUGAGAAACUGGACGUUCUUACAUCACUAGGCAACAACUCCCCAACGCUGCAAAAUUCUAGUCAUAACAAAAUGAAGAUAGUCACAUCUGAUUUGACACCAAAGAAGCCAGUCAGAUCAAGAAGGAAAUCUAGUGAGAAACACCAAGACGUGUCUCGACAGAAACUGAUCAUGCAGAGCAUCCUGGACUUGUUUUGUCAGAGGCUGGAUCCCUUCCCACUGCUGAAGGAGCUUCACGAGUCUUCCGUACUCAGUGACAAUGAUGUCUUGGCCUACAAGGGCCACCCUGACCGGAGGCUGAUCUGUGAGAGUCUCGCCAAUGCAGUGGGUGAGGGAUCGUAUUCCCAGUUCGUGUGUUUCUGUGAUGUCUUGAGGAAGUCUGGUAACUACGUGGAUAUUGUACAGCUUCUGGACGUGAUGAAGGAGGUUGACCAGCUAGUCCACGAUAUUCCUUGUGUCGCCGAUGAUGAUAAUCCGAUUCUGGCGGAUGAGAAAACGAUAUGUUUCGAGAUCGGUUACUAUAACCCUGACACGUUUGUUCUUAAGCCCGUUGUUGAAUUGGAAAGGGCCCGGAAUGACCAUGGAGUAAGCAAGAGGUCAUCCAGGAUCUCUACCACAUCUUGGGACACUUCGAGUGAAAUGAGUAACGGAAUUACCGAUCAGUGUGAUCUCAUGAUGAAUGUGUGUGUCACUGGGUACAGUUUAACUGGAAACAGAGCUAAAGCCCUUGCUCGUGUUGUAGAAAAAUACUCUUGCAUCUUAGAGCUUCGUAUAGGGAAGACCCAACUCUGCGGAGAAGACAUUACAGUGUUGUCGAAGGCCCUCGGUUAUAAUAAGGGCAUCACAUCUCUGGAUGUUCGGCUAAAUAACAUAGAUGCAGUAGGGGCAUCGGCUUUGGCGGAUACUCUGAAGGUUAACACGUGUCUCCGACAGUUAAAUCUGUCCUCGACUGGCGUAGAGCUCAGUGGGUGUCAGGUCAUUGCUGGUGCCCUUACGAACAACAAGACUCUGGUAGAGAUCGAUAUGAGCUUCCUGGAUAUUGGUGACAAGAGCUGUGAGUAUUUCAGAGACAUGCUGAAGGCCAACUCUACGUUACAGAAACUGAGACUAAGAAGCAACAACAUCUCCUGGCCAGGUUGCUGCACGUUAAUGGACGGGCUCAGUAGGAACAGGUGUCUUACUGAACUCGACCUCAGCCGCAACUAUGUAGGAGACGCUGGGGUGGAGAUCCUCAGUCGUUACAUCCCCGAGAGUAUGGUCACAGACAUCAGUCUGGAGAACUGUGGGAUCACGUCAGACGGAUGUGGGUCUCUGGCUGAACUUCUUGCCAUCAGUAAGAAGCUGAGGAGCAUCGACUUGAGUGUCAACUUCAUUUCGGACACAGGGUUGAUGAAGCUUGCCCCCUGCUUGGAAAGGAGUUCCACUCUCCAGCAGGUUGGGCUCAAUAUGUGUGGCAUCACCAACGAUGGCUUCUCCAAACUGCUGGACGUUCUGGAGAAAAAUACCUCCAUCUCUCUCCUGAAGCUGUGCUACAACAGAUUGGGCAGGGAGCACAACAACCCAGCCGCUACAUCAGACAACCUUAGGUACAGACUCAGGAUAGUCACUUCAUCUAAACCUAAACUGAAGAUCCUUCUCUGGGGAAACUCUUUUGAGGAUUCCUGAUCUGCUCCUCCUCCAUUCUGACUAAUAAUCGAAUGACCCGCAGAACAUUAUUUCGUGAUAUUCUUUCGUGAAUCUGAUAGGAGAUUCUUGUAUUAAGAGUAUUAACCCCACGGAUAGGUACGUUUGAAAAUAUAACAACAAUUCAAUACCUUUGACGAUCCUUUGAGAAUUCUUGCUUUCGUUCAACGCUUCCAUUUCAAGGUUCUCGAUGAGGACGUAUUCAACGUUCCAAGUCAACGAAAUCCAGGGUUUUAUACGUUCACAAAGACUGUAUAUAGUGAUGAGGAUGUGUCUGUGGAUAUUUUCCCACAGAAUGUGACAAUGCUGUUAUAGUGUAAGAAGAUUGUACAACAGUGUGUGGAUUAUGCAUUCGUCGAUUCCGAGAGGUUGUGGAUAUUUCGUCAGAGUGAGGACCAACAUGUUAACAUUCUCAACUUUCCACAUAGGGCUGUGUACGUGUCGUGUAAUGAAGUCUUUAGUGUUGUACCUGUCGUUGGUUUACAGUUUAAUCGUUCUCGUGAUACUAAUUUAACCUACAGGAUAGCAACACGGAAAGGAUAGCAAUGCCUGGCUGAGGGACGAGCUUUACCAGAACAAGUACCAGGACCGAGAGUUAUGGAUUAUUCGAAAUGUGAAUUCACCCGGAUGUUGUAGGUUCAUUUCAUAAAAAACGGAUACAUAUUUCCUGACAAUAUCUGUACUCUUUAAAUGAAAUUGUAUCAGUAUUGUACUAUUGUAUUCAGAUCAAUCAUUUGCCUGGUCAUAUACAUAUGACACAACACCGCUUCCACUCGCCCUGGCCGAUGUAU